ACUCAAUGCGGUCGGCCAAACUACUCUAGCGCCUUCCCCCGGUUCGUUUCCUAGGGUACAGGGCUUCCUUCAACACGAGCUCUAGGUAGAGUAGCUAUCACAGAAGCGAGCCGAGGUAUCUCAUCUGCUGUGCACUUCACCUCUCCGUUACCAAGGCUAUCGAUCAAACCCGUACCGUAAAGAUGAUAAAGCACGACUUCAUGAGCGCGGAUUCCCACAUCCACCUCCCCCCAUAACAGCCUUCUCGUAUACACGAAAUGUCGCAAAUCAACGAUUAUCCAAAUCUCUUCUCACUCGCCGGCAAGACCGCCGUAGUCACUGGUGGCUCUCGAGGUCUCGGCUUGCACGCUGCGACCGGCCUCCUCCAUGCCGGUGUAAUCACGCUGAUCAUCACGUCCCGCAAAGCUGACGCGUGUGCCUCCGCCGUGUCCUCGCUGCAGGCCCUCUUCCCCAGCGCCAAUGUCUCGGCAAUCCCCGCGGACCUCUCCAACCCCGCCGAAGUAACGCGCUUCGUCACCGCGGUGACAGCCCAAGUGCCAUGCGUCCACAUCCUGAUGGCCAACGCCGGCGCGACCUGGGGCGCCCCCCUCGACUCGCACCCGGACACCGCCUUCGCAAAGGUGAUGGACCUCAACGUGCGCAGCGUCUUCAACCUGAUCAGGGAGAUGCUCCCGCUGCUGGAGAAGGCUGCUGUGUCGGGGGACCCCGCGCGGGUCAUCACCGUCGGAUCGGUGGCGGGCCUGCAUAUUGGUAACGUCGGCGACCACGGAACCUAUGGCUACGCGGCGAGCAAGGCCGCUGUCCACCAUAUGACGAAGCACCUCGCUGUCGCGAUGGGGCCGAGGGGAAUUCUGGUUAAUGCUAUCGCCCCCGGGUGGUUUGCCACCAAGAUGGCGAGUGGGCUGUUGGGGCUGAGUGGUGGUGAGGAACUGCAGGCAAAGGUCAGUCCCAAUCGCAGGUUGGGUCGUCCAGAGGAUAUUGUUGGUGUGGUGGUCUGGUUGAGCUCGAAGGCGGCAGGCCAUAUCAAUGGUGCUGUCAUUCCGGUUGACGGGGGGAUGCACUUGGUUCCGGCGAGUAAGAUGUAGACGGUGGCGAUGGAGAUGAUACCCAGGAUAAAAUGCAAUACAUACUUGACCUCA